AUGAGUAUAAUAUAUUUAUUGUGUUUCAUUAUAUUUUUCGAUUUUCCAUUUUUGAUGUCUAGCUUUUAUAUAAAUCGAAUAAGAAAAUUGGCUAUCUUAAGGCCCCAAAGAAAUUUCAAUUUAGAAAAAGUUUUUUUAAAUAAAAAUAAUGAAAAUGUUUUUUUAAAUAAAAAUAAAAAUCAUAUACGUAUUGAAUUUCGUCCUGGAAUUGGAGGUGAUGAAGCAGAACUAUGGUCUAAAGAAUUGAAAAAGAUUUAUCAAAGUUAUGCAAAUAAAAAAAAAUUAAAAGUUAAAAGUGAUAUUACCAAUUCGCUGAUUAUAAAGUCCCCAAAUGAUGUAAAAAUAAAUAAAGAUGGGAAAGAAAUUCAAAUAAGCUUAUAUGACUUAUUUAAGAAUGAAUCGGGAACCCACCAAGUUAAAAGAAUUCCAAAAAAUGAGAAUAAGGAAAAAAUACAAUCUUCUACUGCUACUAUAGCAAUUUUUAUCCAAAAUUAUAUAAAUAAAUAUGAAAUUAAUUUAAAAGACUUAAAGAUAAUGACAUUUAGAUCAAGUAAACCUGGUGGGCAAAAUGUUAAUAAGAUCGAGUCAGCUGUAAGGAUUGUACACACACAUACAGGAAUACAAGCAGAAUCACAUGAAGAAAGAACUCAAGAAUUGAACAAGAAAAUAGCUAUGAAAAGAUUGACGCAAAAAAUACAUGAUUUGCAAAAUCGAGAAAAAGAAGAAUUCCUUCAAAAUGAGCGAAUCAAAUUUACAAAAGACUGUAAUAGAAGUAAUCGAAUAAGAACCUAUAACUUUUUCACGGGAUAUAUAACUGACCAUGUAAAUAAUCGUAAGUAUGAUUUGAUGUAUUUUGAAAAAGGGAAGCUGGAAUAUUUAUUUAAUAUAUAA